GUGUGGUAUUAUUAGAGUGGCGCUUACAGAAUAUCAUUGAUUAUUAGAAAAUUCUUAAAUUAUUGCCAUUCUCAAUCCAAAUGAUAUUCCCAAUCAAUGAAAUUUUUCUUAUUUAUCACUUACUUGACGCUUUAAUGAAUAAAAUUGCACAAAUAAAUCGUCAUGUGUACCUACUUUGAUUGAUUUAUUCAUUAGAACUUUUUUGUUUCAGGAAAAACAGAAAAGAUGUCAUAAUAAUGGCCAGAGGACACCUAGCGAAACUAAAAGUAGCAAUAAACCUAUUCUCAGACUUAACGAACGUUCAGCGAAAAUUUCAUACAAAUCGGUUCAGCCGUUUAAGAGAAGUUUGCACACUAACACCGCGACACGAGAAUUUUAUAUAUAUAGAUAGAUAUAUAUGUAGAUGAAAAUCAAGAUGGAAACCGUCUAGAAUUUAAGAAUUAAUAAACGUGAAAGUAUAAUAAUUUGCGGUGUUAUCGUUGUCGUUACCUCGGAAAAUGAACGUAAAACCUGUACCAUUCGUUCAGUUCUUCAAAAUGAACGAAGUAGUUCGCUCAAGUUCACUUGAAAGUAGGAACACAACUGAUUCGGGCGGGAUAAACAUUGUUGCUGCGCAAAUUUUUCUUCUGUUAGUAUACAUUGUUAACUUUCGAUUGACGUAUAUUCGUUGCUUGUGUUGAUAUGUCAAGCCAAAUUAUAAACAAAACUAACAAAACAAAACUGUCAAUUUUACCUUGAACUCCCUGUAAAUGGAACCAUCAAUAUAAUCAAUCGGAAACGGAAAACAAAAAAACUGUCUUCAAUUGGAGGCACGAAUUUUUGGUUGGAUUGAAAACUUGGAAAUGGAUCGCAUAAUGAUAAACUAACAUCUAUUUACAUAUUAUCAUAUAGGAAACAAACAUACGAAACAUAAUUGUCUUUAAUUGAGUAACGCACUAACAUAUAACACUAAAUGUUAUUUUUUUUAGCACGGUAUAACAAAAACAAUGUCUUUGCCUGGGUGUUUAAUGGAACUAUGUUUAAAACCCAUUUUCAAAAUCGUUUUUCUUUUUUAAAUUGUUUCUACUUCUAAGCUCCUCCCCCUUUUCGGGACACUGUUGCUGCAUUAUGCAAGAAAAGAGAAAAAUGCACAAUUGUCUGUUUAAUUUUCGGGAUAUCGAGCGUAUUGGAUAAAUUUACCUAUUUCUAGCAACGUAAUAUUUCUAACAUUUUCAGAUAAAUUAGUGUUAGUUAUCUUACUGAACCUGGAUUUAUAUUAGAUUUUUUGUUAAUAAUCAACAAUAAUUGACAUCUGCUAAAAUAAAUUUUAUAAAUUCGACAUAAUACAACUGAACUCACGUACACGAACUCAAUUCUUCCUGUUUAAGUUGCCCAUUUUUUGUGAAUAUUGUUUUUUGCGUUAUCAAACAUCAGAUUUUAAAACGUCAUUUCUAAUUGGUUUUACUCUUUAUAAUCGAGUAUGGUAUCCUAGCGAUUUAUAGACAGUAGUUAUUAUUGCUGAGGCACACUGUUCUUACUGCUUCUGCUAUCGCAUAACCUUAACCUGAAAAUAAUAGCUCUUUAAAAAAAAAAAGACGUACAUAUAUUUAAUCACAUUUAUAUACAACAAUUUGACUAAAUCAUUCAACGACCGGCAGAUGUUUUUGUUCGUUUGAGCGGAUAUUUUAUCUCGUGCACCGUGCACAUGCGCUAUGGAAAUAGCUUAUCUCUGUGUAGCACAUACGAGUAAACGAAACAAAUAGCAAAACUAUACUGCCCACUUGGUGCGCAAAAAUGUGCAAUAUGUAAUGUGUCCUCCUUCGCUUAGUACCUCGUAAACAUUCGACUCAAACACGUGAAAUACCGUAUCGUGGUGUGGUAGGUGUGCAUUGCAAACAAAGCGCUUUAUUAGAUAAAAAGAUUCAAUAAGUGUUGGCCAAAUGGCCGUUUGGAUAGGUAGCAAGUGGGCAGCAAAAUAUCAGUUACGUUUCUGGUCUAAAAAAAAUAUGCCUUUUAUUGAAACUUCGCUUUGGUAAAAAAAGUGCCAUCCAAUAUCAAAGUGUAUUUGAGAAACACAGUAUGGAAUCCAGCAAGUCGUUUUUCAUACGGGAUCUACUAGGAGAUUUAAUUAGCAGUCAGCAAUCCGAACAAUCAUUUACAACCAGGCUCAUAUCUGACGAUGAAGAAAACAGUGACAUAGAUAUAGAGGACCGAUCGUCAGACUCGGAAACUAUCAGUCAUUAUAAUUCCUACAUCACUAAUGAGAAUGGUACUACCGAAAAUAUUCAUCGAACGUUACUCGCCACGAUUGAACGAGAAUCGAAAGCUAACUGUAACUUAAGCUCGACGCAGGAUAUACGCACACCGGCAUUAAUUAUAAAAAGUGGACGAAAACCACGAAGACGAAGAACUGCUUUCACACAUGCUCAACUAGCUUACUUGGAGCGUAAAUUCAGGUGCCAAAAAUAUUUGUCGGUAGCAGACAGAAGUGACGUUGCUGAUGCAUUAAAUCUUUCCGAGACGCAAGUUAAAACGUGGUAUCAAAAUCGUCGGACGAAAUGGAAGCGACAAAAUCAACUUCGUAUGGAGCAAUUACGGCAUCAGGCUACACUGGAAAAGAAUUUAAUAAACGCUUCAACAACAGUAGCUGGCAAUGUUCCAACGAGGCAUCUUCAUCAGCAAGUCGAUCCACCAACUAGUUCUGUGCCAGUUACUAGAUCCGGCAAUCAAUGUUGCCAAACAUCGUCUGCCCUAGUUGUAUCAUCACCAUUCGUUUCAUCUAACCCUUGUAGCUUUCUAACUUCUGCUGCUGCGGCAAUUUUUCGGAAUGUUGGACAACCAUGGACAUCCAGUUCCCUACUAUAAAAACCGACAAACGAAGGAUUAAUCGCGGCAAGCGAUAUGUAAAUUGUACAGUCACACACACUCACACACACACACAUAUAUAUACAUGUAUAUAUACGU